UUGAUAAAAAUAUUUUAAAAGUUUGUUAUAAAAAUGCGAGUCAAAAAACGGAGAUCACUCAAGUGUCGGUGAUAAUUUUAUAAUUUAUUAUAAUUAUAAUAAUUAUCUAAUUAAGUGUCUAAAUAAAAUUUAUUAAUUGAAGAUGAGAGUGAGUCCAAUAUUACUUUCAGCGGCGGCCCGACUAGCUUGGCUAGACGGUCGCAUGACCCAUGAGGAUAUCGCAUCAGCUUUAGUGUCAUCAUCAUCAUCAUCAGUAUCAUUACCAUCAUCCUUGAUACCAACAACAACAAGAUCAUCCAGAGAAAGUAUUUCAUUUGAAGCGAUGAUGAUAACGGCUGCGGUUGCUGGUGUCUCGACAGGGACCACGACGACGGGUCCCGAGCUGUCAACUGAAUUCUUCCUCAUACCAGACUCCCGGAAUCCUGAAAAAAAUAAUUUAGCGAGUGUAGCGAGUGUGAUAAGCGUACCGGCGCCAAAUCAAACGAUAUCUAUUUACCCACCGCCGCGGUUUCCUAUCGACGAUACGCGGAUACCCGGUUAUCCAGUAGUGACACCCCAUCAAACGAUACUGCGUCAACGGACUUGGGCAUUACCACUGGCUGCGUUAAGUGCCGCUGCGAUGCUUCUCAUGGUUGCCUUCGAGAUCUUCGUACUCCUCAAGGCGAGAGCAGCCGCGCCUAGUAGAAGACAUCUCUUCCUUGGGCAGGCGCUUCUUUUAGGAUUAUUUUUACUCGCCGGACUGUCUGCGGCAGCAUCUCUGGCCCCUAAUCCACUUUCGUGUGCGGCAUUCAGACUGGUCGGGCUGCCAGCGGCUCUGGUCUUUGCCGCGCUUCUUGUCAAGUGUGUCUUUCUGCUUUCUCUAAACAGCGGUGUCUAUCUUCCAGCGCCGUAUCAGGCGCUCGUUCUUGUGUUUGCUGUGCUCGUUCAAGUGGCAAUUGUGGGCCAGUGGUUUUACGGUGAAACACCGGCUGUUAUUAGGCCUCGAAUUAUCGAACCCAAUACUCCGUUCAUUCACCAGCAUACACUUUGCAAAACACCACUUGGACAAACCGUCGCAUCAUUAGGUUAUCCAGGCAUAUUACUUAUCGCCGUGACUUGUCUGGCAGUACGUGCUCGUGGAGUACGUGAUAAUUACCGUGAAGCAGCUUUCAUCGGUCUAGCAGUGGGACUGACACUUCCUAUUUGGCUGACAAGUGCAAUAGGUUCCACAGUUGCCGUUGAAAAUGACCGUGAGGCCUGGCUGGCUUACGGGUUACUCUCGACGGCGCUCAUCGUUUUUCUUACCAUGUUCCUACCAAAAGGACGACAAUUAGCCGCACUUGGACGCGAAGGACCCGGUGGUAUUCCCAGUGGGGUCGCUGGUGGGACCACCGUUGUGAUUCGCGAUCACGACGAUGAUCGAUUGAGUUCAUUACCCGGGAGCGGAUACUCGCCUUCCUUUUUCCAUUUCAAACCCGCUGAGGCCAGUCUGAAAAGAAAGAUGCAUUACCAGAGUGCAGAUCGUGUGGCAUUGGUAUCCUCAGGAAUGCCCGGCUGCAGUGCGUGCAGACACGGAAGCAGUCCUGUUUACUCAGAAGGUAUGCAGACACCAGUGGAAACAUUCGUUCUGCCCCAUGGAAUGUAUCUCCAAGGACCGGAACUUGAUGCAGGAAAUCUUUACACCACGUUGUCAGCAAACCCUAAUGUCUUCUUCCAGCGAGCCCACCCGGGAAUGAUCUAUUGAAAAUUAAUCACGAAUUUAUUAAUUAAUUAGUUGAUAAUUAUACUGAUAUUAAUUGUAAGCUUACUAGUUUUUAUAUUUUAAUUUUUGUAUGAGUGCUUUGCAAGGCGAUGAAUGUUUUUUUUGUAAAUUUAAUAAAUUUUAUACUCGACUGUA